AUGGAUGAGAUCGCCCCUGAAUACGAUGUCAUUGUCCUGGGCACAGGUUUGACGGAGUGUGUGCUUUCUGGUGUUCUUUCCGUCAAAGGAAAGAAAGUCCUUCACAUUGACCGGAAUGACCACUAUGGCGGUGAGGCCGCCUCCGUAAAUAUCGAGGCCCUAUUCAAGAGAUAUGGCAACUACAAGGAAGGCGAGGAACCGUGGAAGAAAUAUGGUCGUGUGAACGAUUGGAAUAUCGACCUGGUCCCGAAGUUCUUGAUGGCAAACGGAGAACUCACCAAUAUCCUCGUAUCCACCGACGUUACUCGAUACCUCGAAUUCAAACAGAUUGCCGGAAGCUUUGUACAACAAGGCUCCGGGCCUCGAGCCACGGUCGCCAAGGUCCCAUCCACUGCUGCCGAAGCUUUGAGCUCGCCAUUGAUGGGAUUGUUUGAGAAAAGGAGAGCAAAGAAAUUUUUGGAAUGGGUGGGAUCUUUCGACGAUAACAAUCCAUCAACACAUAAUGGAUUCAACCUGAACAAGUGCACAAUGAGAGAGGUCUACGACAAGUUCGGCCUUGAAGCGACAACCCGGGAUUUCAUCGGCCACGCCAUGGCCCUUUAUCCCACGGACGACUACAUCAACACACCGGGAAUGGCCAAGGAGACAGUUGAGCGGAUCCGACUGUACGUCAAUUCAAUGGCUCGCUACGGCAAAUCUCCGUACAUCUACCCCCUGUACGGACUCGGAGAACUGCCGCAAGGAUUUGCCCGUCUGUCUGCCAUCUAUGGUGGAACGUACAUGCUCAACACCUCGGUUGACGAGUUCUUGUACGACGGCGGCAAGAUCAGCGGCAUUAAAGCUACGAUGCGCGAGAGAGGCGAAGAAGGCGAGGGCAUGAAGUUCAGCACAAAGACCAAAAUGAUCCUGGGCGAUCCCUCGUACUUCCCCGGAAAGGUCCAAGUGGUGGGCCAUCUGCUCAAAGCCAUUUGCAUUCUCAACCACCCACUUGAAAAGACUGGUGAUGCAGACUCGCUCCAGUUGAUCAUCCCUCAAUCGCAAGUCGGCCGGAAACAUGACAUUUACAUUGCCAUGGUUUCGUCGGCUCACAAUGUCUGUCCCAAAGGAUACUACAUUGCAAUCGUGUCGACGAUUGCCGAGACUCCGGCGAACCAUCAUCUCGAACUCCAGCCUGGCCUGGAGAGGUUGGGUCGUAUUGAAGAGAAGUUUAUGGGUCCGCCUAUCCCGUUGUACCAGCCUCUGGAGAGUGGGGUCAACGACCGCGUUUUCAUUUCCAACAGCUUCGACGCGUCGAGUCACUUUGAGACGGUGACAGAGAAUGUGAGAGAUCUCUAUCGCCGAGCCAUGGGUGAAGAACUCAAGGUCGAGGGAUUAAGGGAGGGACAAACCCUCGCUGAAGAGUAA